AUGAACCCGCCCAUGUCAGAAGCUGCCAGUGCAUUAUCCUGGCAGGCCACACUCGCUGCCCGCCUUGCACAACCAAAACCAACAUUCAUUUAUUCCUGCGACAACUGUCACGAAGAAGUCCCAUGGACGCGCUGCAAAUCUAAUGAACGUGGAAAUGAGGGUCACUGGAUGGCAAUGUGCAACAAAUUCUCUAGCAAUACGCAGGCCAAAUGUAAUUUCUUCCGUUGGGCACGAGGCCCUUCUGGUUCACCCACGCUACCCUCGGGUAACUUUGCACCUCCUGUGAUACAACUCGACCCUGUUCCUCAGCCUACAUCAUUAGGUGCUGCAGCCAUACUGCUGAUCUGUGUGGCUCUUAUCUGCAAGAAACGUGCUCAUUCCCUUUGCGGCUGUUCAGUAAAGGGCCAUACUGCAGCUGCGCAACUGGACCCAACUCUGGAGCUUCGCACUCGUCCAUCUUCAGAACCUGCUGCAUUACUGCCACCCUUACCUGCUGUUGUCACUAAGCCUGUCCUUGCCCUCACUCAGGGCGAUGUCGAGCCUGGUCUUGAUCAACCUCUGCGGGUCGACAAAGGCAAGGGCCGGGCUCUCGAGUCUCAUGAUUCCAACAUCGACCCUGCCCUUCUCUUUCUCCCUAACCCCAAUCCUGCUGGUCCUUCCCGCACUAUCGUUAGCUCAUCACAACCUAAAUGGGCCGCCCCUCGAUAUGCCACACAGAUGCCUGCAAUAUUCACUCAGCAAAAUGCUCAUGAGGAAGAGCUGCAGGAAGAUAGAUGCCAGCAAGAUCUCGAACGUGUUCAAGCUGCUCAGCGGGAGAAGAACACUGUUGUGGUCUAUGCUUGGAGUGAGGAUGGCAUUGAGCCUGUCAUAUACGAGUUCCAGGAUGGUUUCAAGUUACCAAACUUUUCGUUCAGCCUCGACAUACUUCGUAAACUUGGCAUGGUCUCACAUAGUGACAACAUACUCACUGCCACCAUUCUCCCCAUUCAACGCUACAACCGUCUUCUGGGCACCUGGACUCGCUUUGAUGUUGAUCACAUGGUGUCACUCCAAGAACGUGACAAUGGUGUCCUGCUUGUGAAGGAUGCACACGUGAAGGACUGUAUAGACCUGGAACGCCAUCUGCAUCAGCUUGCUCAGCCAGGAAGCCCCAACAUGAUGAUGAGUCUUGCUGAGGAGCGCAAGUAUAUGCGCGCUGCAUCACGCACACAUAGCUCACGUGCACCAUCCUUGCUACCGACAGAUCCUGCCAUAGAUAUUCACCAAGUCCCCACCAUGAAUCAUGGCUCUCAUGCACCAUCAUUACCCUCCGCUGCUGCUCAUCGAGUCCCCACCAUCAAUCGUGCUUUAAAAACUGGUGGUUGUGUACCUCGCGUCCCUUUCCAUCCUCAUAAUGGAGGCUCUGUGUUAUCUCUUACUGAUGAUGACAAUGACAACGAGCCAAAUCUCACUUCAAAGCGCCGGUAUUCCUCUGCAUUGUCCCUCACAGACAGUGAUGACGGCAAUGUGACCAACACUGUCCGUCCGGUGAAGCGUCAGUUAAAGCAGCAUCGUCGUUCACACUCCGAGUCAUCAAGCUCAUCGUCUCAUUCUCCCUCAUCUAUCAUCUCAGUGCCAAUUGUGAAGAGGGAGAGUGCUGGAAGCCUGCUUUCACAUGGAACCUCACAAGCUAAUGCUAUCGAGGUUGAGAAAGUCUCGAUAUGGCCAACAGACUUUUACAUUGUUGACAUUGCUGAUGGAUUCGCGAUGUGCAGGAUGGCUGCCAUGGGUCGACGAAGCAUGGCAGAUGUAUUCGCUGGUCACUUUGGUGUCCCUUUCAAAGCCUCAACCUUCUAUGACAAUCAAAAGGUUUGGCAGUUCAGUGCUAACCAUGGGCUCUGUGAGCGCUUCAUUGAGUAUGGUCGCACGGAGAAAGGGUCUUGGUCCGCAUUCAUGAAGAAGGCAAGGCGGCCUCCGAAGUAA